AACACACUACGUAACCUCGGCUUCGACUGCGAGAAGAGAGACGUCUGCGGCAGGUGGAGACCCGGCUUCUUAAAAUGAAGGGUAGCAUUGUUAAGUCACUUCUGCGCUGUCAAAAUGGUAUACUGCGUCCAAGCAUAUGUCACCUUAUGACAUCAAGCUCGACUGGGGGUGAAGCACAAGCUCAACCUAAGAACGAUGUACAGGCUGACUCUUCACCAAAGACUGGAAUCCUUAUGUUGAACAUGGGUGGACCACAGACCACAGAUGAAGUUCACGAGUUUUUGCUUCGACUGUUCAAGGAUCGUGACAUUAUUCAGCUGCCAUUCCAAGAUUACAUGGGACCAUGGAUUGCAAAGAGAAGAACACCUGAUAUCCAGAAAAAGUAUGAGGAGAUUGGUGGUGGAUCUCCAAUCUUUAAAUGGACUGAUCUGCAGGGGAGACUACUCUGUGAACGCCUCGAUGAACUGCAUCCCGAGUCUGCGCCUCAUAAGCAUUAUGUUGGUUUCCGCUAUGCUAACCCUUUGACUGAAGAUACCUUGGAAAAGAUGGAGGAGGAUGGAGUUGAGAACUGCAUUGCCUUCUCUCAGUACCCACAGUACAGCUGCAGUACGACAGGCUCCAGCAUGAACGCCAUCCAUAAAUUCUAUGCUAACAGAUCUGUGGAGUCAGGAAUGAAGUGGAGCGUCAUUGAUCGAUGGUGUACAAACCCCUUCCUUGCAAAGUGUUUUGCUGACAAUAUCAGAAAGGAAUUGGAGCAGUUCCCUGAGGAAAAGAGAAAAGAUGUUUUCAUCCUUUUCUCUGCACAUUCCUUGCCAAUGAGGCAAGUUGGGCGUGGUGAUCCUUAUUCUGCUGAGGUUGGUGCUACAGUACAGCUUGUUAUGCAAGAACUUGGAUUUACAAAUCCAUACCGUUUAGUAUGGCAAAGUAAGGUUGGUCCCCUUCCAUGGCUGACUCCAGCUACAGAUGAUGCAAUUAAAGGUCUUGUGCAGAGAGGAAGGAAGAACAUGAUCUUAGUCCCAAUAGCAUUCACGAAUGAGCACAUAGAAACUCUGCAUGAGAUGGAUAUUGAGUAUGCUGAAGAUCUUGGAAAAGAGGUUGGAGCGGAGUGCAUACGCCGAUGUGCAUCACCCAAUGACCAUCCCUUCUUCAUUGAUGCCCUUGUAGACGUGGUCAGCAAGCAUCUUCAGGAAGGUCACAGGUGCUCGGAACAGUUCCUCCACAACUGUCCUUUGUGUGUGAACCCUUCGUGCUAUGCCUCCAAGAAAUGGUUUAGAUAUACCACCAAAAAGUUUUAAUAAUAAAAAGAGAAGAAUUUCAGAUAGAGAAUUGGCAUACUAAAAGGUUAAUGUAAAAUAUGUAGAAAAAAUAUAGAUGAGGUGGAUUAUUGGUGUUACGUAUUAUAUUUGGCAAACUUUUUACUCGAAUUGACUCUGGUUUGUUGGAAUAUCUUUUUUAUUAUAUUUAAAAAUCAGAUAUGUAAUUACUUAUUUCAUACCUCAUAUAGAAGUAGAGAGAAAGAUAAUACAAUUAUUAGACAAAAUGCCACAAGUGAAGAUUGUGCAAAUAUGAAUUAACUUAUGAAUUGCCAGUGAAUGUAAAUUGUCCACAAAUUUCCAUGUGAAAUACAUUUUAAAAAUUAUUUAUAUUGAAAAUAUGCCUUUAUAUAACUACAAUUCAGGUUUAUUGUUAUGCAAAUAUUCCCAGGCAUUGAGAAAAUGCACAUGCCCAAUAUUUAUUUACAGUAUCUUCAUUAUGUGAUAAAACUCUUUUAGACCAAAAACAAAAAUGUUAAGUCAUAGGCCCUAAUACAGAUAUGUCAGGAGGCUAAGUGGUUUAAUGAUGUUUGUAGUAAGCUGAAUGGUACCUAAGCAGAGGCAUAUUACUACUUAAUAUGAUAUUGUUCAUUUUUCUGUCUUGAAUUAUGACCUGAGAAAUUAUGUGUUGGUACUGGUUGUUCUUCAUUUUUCAAUUUAUGUUUAGUUUGAAUACUGUGGUUAUGGGGUUUAAGGCCUUUAAUGUUUCAUUGUAGCUAUCACUGUGUUAUUUAAUUGUGUAACAUCAUUCCAAUAUCAUUCACUUGUGUUGGGUCUUCUUUCUUUAUUGGCCUACUUCACCCUUUUGUGUAGUAAUGAGCACAAAAACUUAAUGUAAAUAUGAGUAUAAUAAUGAUUUUUUUUUCCUGCAAAUCUUCUUUGCUUCUGCCAGUUAAAGCCACAGAACAAAGAAUUCAGACUUUGACACCAGUUAUAGAGAAAAGGAGGUGAAUGUGAAGGACUGCAGGCUCUUCUUGAUAUCUCCCAAAUUGUAGCUUCCAGUAUUAUGAGCAUCUAUUGUUGCACAGUAACCCACUGGCUCCGGGUGACAUGACCAUCACGUCAUGAAAAAUUCUGGCUGAGGGCCAGGUUGUGAGAAUGCACCUUCAAGAAAAAUUUGACUGUGGGUCACGGUGACAGGAAUGACUCAUGGUGAGUGCACAAAGAUCUUGGAAAAUGAUUAGACUGUGGGCAUAUAAGAAGCAGCUCUUGCAUUAUUUCCACCAGUAAACAAGGUAGAAUGUACCAUUUGUGAACCAUAGCUGAAAGAGUACAGGCCAUUAACAGGAUCUUCUUCCUGGCCACCAUGGCCAGCAGUGCAGGGUGUGACAAAGAAAAUUGAAUACAAAAAUAUUUUUAAAUGACACAAAUGAACUUAGCUAUUGUAUUGUUAUUGCAGAGUUGUAGACUACCAAGAGAUAAUUUGGAGUCUGAUCAAGGAAAAUAGUCAUUACUAUCUUGAUUCACCAUAAUAAUGAAUAAUAUAGAUCAUAGAAAAUGGUCAAACAGAAAAACCUGCAGAAGAGUACAUAAUAUCAUUACAAAAAGGAGGCAAGGAAUCUUGAUACCAGACAUGAGUGUUCAUGUUGGCUGGGCCUACAAGCCACACACCCAGGAGAAUCACCAUUCAAGUAAGCAUAUUGCCCAGAUUUUGGUCCAUGUGCAGGCCACUAAGCACCCGGAUCUAAUGGGUUAGGAAAAUGUAAGAAAAUAUAUAUUUGUUAUUUAAAAAUGAA